AUGGACGCUUCGCUUCUCUUAGACACAACUAUUGUGGCGAACAUGUCAUUUGCCGGGAGGGCAUUCGGACCUGACCGGACUAUCGAACUGACUCUGCGGGACUCCGCUGACAAGGACUGGGGCCUGCUGAUAGAGGAACUUCAACAGCUCAGGCUCUCGCUCAAUGGGAGAGUUUUAGACAGAGAUCUGGACAACAGUAUCAUAGUAACAAUUCUGGACCUGAAUGACAACGAGCCAACAUUUAUCGGCGAGCCAUAUAUCCAGGAGGUCAUAGAGCUCACACCUGUAGGAUCCACCAUUUUCCGCAGAUUGACAGCUGAAGACCCAGAUAGCAAUGAGAAUGGGAGGGUGUCAUAUCAGAUCGAGGGUCCGAACGAGAAUUUCGAAAUCCCAUUGCCGUCAACAGGUGACAUCGUUCUGAAGCGUUCUCUGGACUACGAAGGAUUUCAGCCGGGGGAGGAAAAGAAAUAUCUGAUUCCAGUCGUCGCACAUGAUUUGGCGGCCGACGUAGGCCUCCGGCAGUCCUCCAGCACGACUGUCACCAUCAUCGUGACGGACGGAGACGACCAGGCGGUGCAGUUCCUGCCGCGUGGCAGCCCGCCUUACGUGUCCUCCGUCAUGGAGAAUAGAGAACGACUAAACCAACCCCUGACCUUUAACCCGGCUCCUAUCUAUGCUGUUGACCUUGACACGGAUGUCCAGGGUCCUCCAGGGAUUGUUUACAGUUUCUUAGCAGGCUCUCCAAGUGAAUUCCGGGACUACUUUGACAUUGACGGACCCACUGGGAACAUCACACUGAAGAAACCCGUGGAAAGGGCGCAAGUAGAGGAGUUCAUCAUCACGAUAAAGGCGGAGCAGGACGACAAUCCUGUACGGUACGCCACAGCGGACGUGAAGAUUUCUGUAGAAGAUAAUGACGUCAACAAGCCGUACUUCUUUAUCUCUACCGGGGAGUCAGGGUUCAAAGGUUACGUGCGACAGUUCACAGGUCAAGCCGCUAUCGUCCUCAGCUAUGACGAAUCGCCUCUACUGUUAGAGGUCAGGGAUGACGACUUCACUGACAAUGUUGUCCCUAAAGGGUCCCUACGCUAUGAGCUUACAGACACUAGCGGCAGAUUUGACGUCAUAGAUACGGGUUACCUCAUCGUGAAUGCCAACUGGUUGGACAUAGACACUCAGAAGGAAUACCGCAUGACGGUUAGAGCUGUAGAGACAACGACAUCUCGGAAGCUUUCUACUGACGAGUUGACUGUAGUGGUCACAGUUCUCAAUGGAACAGGUGAUGAUGAUCGACAUGGCGAUAGUGGUAACGUAGAGGAGGAGGAAGCUUUUGGCGGAACUCCUUUUGGAGUCGAAGCUGUGGCAGGUGCAGCAGUCGGUGGUGUUGUCGCUGGACUACUGCUAGGGGUCGCUGUUACACUCCUGACUCUGCGUUUCCGAUCACUGAAGAGCAAAAAUGCUGACCCAGCUGAAGAAGAGUAUGUGGACGUCAGGACUCCUGGCAGGGCGGCGUCCCAGCGAUCCGGAACCGGAAGUGACGCUUACUCCUAUCCCAUGGCACCCCUCGCCGUGCCCCCUCCCCUCCCUCCCCAGCCAAACAGCCACUACCAGGAACUGAGGCCGGCUGUGUAUCAAAGUCUAGAGAGGCCCUAA